UGGGAGGAGGCAGUGGGAGAGCAGGAGCAAGAGGGGGAACCAGGAAAGAAAAGAGCACUAAGCAAAAUGUUUGGCAUGUAAAAACACACACAUCUUGACAGUUGUGUGUUGUGGAUAGUUUUGGGCAGCCUCUCUUUCUACCCUCCUCUGUGUUUUACAUCUUUGUGUCUUUUGAGUGGACAAUGCUGCAGAGGAGGACUGUUCCCUGGCUCUGUGCUCUCCUGCUGGGGAUAAUGGGGCUUCCAGCGUCGGGCUCUGACUUUCAGCAUCACCGAUAUGAGGACAUGGUCCGAGUCCUUUUUGCAGUGCAGAGCGAAUGCCCCUACAUCACUCGCAUUUAUAGCAUCGGGCGCAGUGUGGAGGGCCGCCACCUCUAUGUGCUGGAGUUCAGUGACAACCCAGGGAUCCAUGAAGCCUUGGAGCCAGAGUUCAAGUAUGUGGGCAACAUGCAUGGCAACGAGGUGCUCGGCCGCGAACUCCUCAUCAAGCUCUCACAGUUUCUAUGCGAAGAGUACAGGGCCGGAAACCAGCGGAUCACAAGGCUGAUCCAUGACACACGCAUCCACAUCCUGCCCUCCAUGAACCCUGACGGCUAUGAAGUGGCAGCCAGACAGGGUCCUGAACUGAAUGGAUAUCUGGUGGGUCGAGGGAAUGCCAGAGAUAUUGAUCUGAAUCGAAACUUUCCAGACCUGAAUGCACUAAUGUACUACUAUGAGAAAACCAAUGGAAGAAACCACCACCUUCCGCUGCCAGACAACUGGGAACAUCAGGUCGAACCCGAGACUCUGGCCGUUAUAAAAUGGAUGCAAAACUACAACUUCAUCUUAUCGGCCAAUCUCCACGGAGGAGCAGUGGUUGCCAAUUAUCCCUUCGACAGGUCGAGAGACCCCCGCAUUCGAGGGAGGACCACAUACGCAGCCACCCCAGAUGACAAAAUCUUCAGGCAGUUGGCUCGGACCUACUCGUACGCUCACAGCUGGAUGCACAAAGGCUGGAACUGUGGAGACUUCUUUAACGAAGGGAUCACCAAUGGAGCCAGCUGGUACUCUCUGUCCAAAGGCAUGCAGGACUUCAACUACCUUUAUACCAACUGCUUUGAGAUCACUCUAGAGCUGAGCUGUGACAAGUUUCCCCCAGAGUCGGCGCUGCCCAGAGAAUGGCUCGGCAACCGAGAAGCAUUGAUUUCAUACCUGGAACAGGUGCAUCAUGGGAUAAAGGGCAUGGUUUAUGAUGAGAACAACAACCCAAUCAGUAAAGCUGAGAUCUCUGUUGCUGGAAUCAACCAUGAUGUUACAACUGGUGUGGAUGGCGACUAUUUCAGACUUCUGCUGCCAGGAACAUACACAAUGAAAGCCUCUGCUCCAGGUUACCUUUCCUCAUCCAAUACAGUGACAGUGGGACCAGCUGAAGCUAUCCAGCUUAAUUUUUACUUGAAAAAAGCUCCAAAACAAAAUCUGAAGGGGAAGCACCAUCAUGGCAAGAAGAACAUAUCUGCCAACAAGGCCUCACUGAAGCUUGGCCCAAGAUGAAACAUGCAGAAAAACUCAGACAUCAUACAGAAGAUAACCCAGAGA